AUGGGCGAAAGAUUAGAUGGAGAUUUGCCACGUCAGCAUCAACAGCAGCAGCAGCAGCAGCAGCAGCAGCAGCAGCAGCAGCAGCAGCAUCACACCUCCGAUGGAUUCAAAUGGAAGAAGACGUCGCACAAGCGAAUAGCGGGUCAGCCUGUGAAGAGGCUCUACUUCGUUUGCUCGUCCAAGCACGUCUCGGGCUGCCCGGCAAAAAAAGUUGAGGAUCGAAUAGCCGGCGAGGCUCGUCACCCUCGCCGUCCCAUGCUGAAAGGCGCCGUCUCAAAAGCUGCAGCCACUGCAAAAGCGCCCGCUACAGCCAGUGCUACAUCAAUUAAAGCUGUUUCCAGUGCUGCAGCUACAGCCAGACUGGCUGUAGCAGGAUGGGCGGAAGAAGACAACACGGGGUCGGACAGGACGGAGAUGCGUGUGGUGGUGCGGGUGGCAUAUUUUGGCACACACAACCACCCGCCGCCCACGCCAGCAGCUCCCAAAGCGCCUGUUGCAGGGCAUCCGGCCGUCAACUGCCUUCCCACGCCAGCAGGCCCCACUUCUGCCGCUACAACCGUUGCCUCUCCUGCUACAGAUCCCCCUGCGACUAACUUCACGCCCGCUACAACCUUUUCAACUGCCACAACCUUAGCCUCGCGUUCAGCCAUUUCCCCUGUUACAACUUUCACCUCUGCUACAGAUUUUACUACUGCUACAGCCUUUGCCUCUGCCACAGCCUCCGUUCUUGAUACUAGCAGCCUCCCUGCAACGACUGGCCUGCCAAGCUCUAUGUUUCCAGUUCACGCCACCGGUACAACUGCUUGA